AGCUUUAACAGAUGUCGUUUGCAGUCUGUCGCGAGCAUUGUAUUCAACACAUGAUACUAUUGUUUUCUUUCCCUAUUCGUCAGAUUGGAAAUUGUUUUGUGUUAAUAUAUGUUUGUACAUAUUCGACGUUUUUCUGCCUUUGUUUUGCAGACACGAUUUCGACAAAGAGAAUUACUAAAAUAAAUGAGUCAUUUCUGUGGCUUUUAUCAGCAAUAAUACAGCUUCUGAAAUACUUUAAUUUUAUUUAAAGUAUAAAGCAAAAGUUCAUAAGAGCGCAGUUGUUUAUCGACAACAGUAAACUGCAUAUACAUAUAAAAAUGUCACUAGUUUCUGAUCAAGAAUGGGAGGAGUAUAAGUUCAAUAAAAUUUAUUCUGAUGAUGCUGAGGAUAAAAUGCGUCGUGAACGCUACAUUAAAUCCAAGCAAAUGGUCGAAGAACACAACAAAAAAUAUGAGAAUGGCGAAGUUACAUGGAAAAUGGGUAUAAACCACUUAUCCGACUUAACAGAAGAGGAGUAUUCGGUGCGUUGCGGUAAGAAGGUUACGCCACCCACAUCCUCUUGAGUAUUAAUUAGAUACGUAUUUUUUUAUCGCGAAUUUUAUAUGUAUGUUCUAAAUAAAAUGUGGUUUUUUAGUCUCCUUUAUUGUAAAA